UAUGAGAACAGGUUACAGAGCUGGACACUGUGCACCUUGCCUUGCUUGGAAAGCAUCGGUUUUAGAUAGUCAGUAAAGAGCCCUGCUGUUUAGUUAUUGCUUUUUCAUUUUUUGUAUACAAUGCAGAAGACGUUGCUCUGCCUUCUCUUUGCUGUUGGAGCAGCUGUGGCACAACAUGGCAAGACUAGCCCCCAGAGGGUGCUGCAGCCCUGGCUGACCGGGAUCAUUGCGGUAGUGGUCUUCCUCUUCCUCGUCUUCAUCGCCUUCCUUGUCAACAAAGCUUGGUGUGAGGAGCGCAGUGAGGAGGCCGAUCCACAGCAUGUGAAAGUACAUGAUUAUGUGAUGACUAACGGCUCCAACUCUGAACCCGUCCUGGAUGCAGUCAGGUCCAAGGAGCAUGAGGCUGCCUAUGAAAAUGUAGGAAUGGACCAAGAGUGCAAAGUAACCACAACAGACAAAACUUCUCGGCUCUGAAGUGCCUUUUAAAACACUCAUAGAACACUUGGAGCGCGGUGAAGACAGUAUGAGGUACAGCGCUCGUGUCCUCUGCAGUUCAAUGAAAAGACGUGUAUUCUUUUUGGAUAUCUGUAUGGUUUGAUAGCCUUUAUACUCUAACAUCCAGACCAUACAUGUUCUAUUGGCACAUAUUGGCACAUUGAAAUGUAUUUUUGUUUACGACUGUAAGUCGCCCUGGAUAAGGGCGUCUGCUAAGAAAUAAAUAAUAAUAAUAAUAAUAUUAAUAAUAAUAUAUAAUAGAUGCUCUACACUGAGAAUAUAACAUGAUCUGUUGUUUAUCAUCUGUUCUCUCAGUUCUCUCAUCUGUUCUCUCAACGCCUUAUCGAAAUUACUGUUAUAAAGUAUUAAAAAUGAUCUAGGCUACUGCCUUCAUGAGUGUCAAUUUUAUUUUAUUCAAAGGUAAUAAGAAAGGUGUCGAUUUGAUCAACCUAUACUCAGGAUAAGCCACAGCUGGAUUGUAUUUGAGCAUUUUACAGCACAGGUGAAUUACCCUGGAUUGCAUCACCAUCUAACCCUGGUUAUCCUAUGAUUCACUAGUACUAUUAAAAUGCUCUAAUAAAACCCAGGGUUGGGUUAAUCCAUCACAGUUUAAGUUCAAAUCAACCCCUAAGUAUUCAAAUUCAUGAAGCAGUGCAGUUAAAAAAUUAACCGUGAUGUAUAAUGAAUGGCUGUCUUUCACAGUACUUUGACCCCUGCGGUUUUUGAUAUUUGCUGUUCUGGUUACAAAUACACAUUAAUUACUAACUGUUUCUGUCAGCUUUUUCACUCACAUCUUCUUAUAACUGGGAGCAAAACAAAGUACCAUACUAUACAAAGUUUGGUGGUUACCGUGCCUGGCUGUAAUCCAACGGGACUUUAAAGGAGUGCUCACU